AUGCAAUCUUCGCAGUCUCACUGGUUGACGACAGAGGAGAGGAACCAAGUUUUACUUGAUCUCAAAGCUUCAGGCUGGUCUGAGCUAGGCGAAAGAGAUGCCAUCUACAAAGAGUUCAAUUUCAAAAAUUUUAAUCAGGCUUUUGGAUUUAUGACGCGUGUUGCUCUACAAGCAGAGAAGAUGAAUCACCACCCGGAAUGGUUUAACGUCUACAGCAAGGUUCAGAUAACACUGAUUUCCCACGACUGCGGUGGACUGACCAAGAGAGAUGUGAAGCUGGCUCAGUUUAUUGACAAAGCUGCUGUCUCGGUGUAACAAAGAUGUAAAACGUUUUAAUGCAGUGUGCAGCA